AUGUCAGCGCGGGACCGGGAGACGAUCAAGGCGCUCGCGCGCGUCGUGGCCGCGCUUGACGGGGCGGUGCUCGGCCUCGGCACGGCGGCGCUCGCGGCCGUGUCCCUGGCCAAGUACCUUGUCGCAUCCGGGGCGCUCUGCCUCAUCGCCGAGGCGCCGGCCCUCGCGAUCCCCGACCUCCGCUACUCCCUCCUCGCGGGGCUCGGCAACGGCGAGUCGCGCCUCGCCGUCGUGCGGGGCCUCGUAUGCUCCCCACCCGGGGGCACGUUCCUCAUCCCCCUGGCCCCCGCGAGCACUGCAUCGUCACCAGGCACACCCAGACGGUGA